UUUUCAGAAAACCCCUAAAAGCAAAAAAUCUGAAACCCUUCUUCUCGCCUCCUCCAUUUUUCCACCACCAUGGCAUUAGCCUCAUCGCAGCAGAGUUUUCUCACCAAUGUCCUCUCCGCCGCAGCCGCCGCCGCCGCCCGCUGCCCCCGACGGAUGAGGAAGCUUCUCCAUUCUUCCAAUGCCGCCGUCUCCUCUAAACUCCCUCCCGCCGAUGAUCCCGAUGGAUUUUCAUUCAAGAGCGGGAGCGGAAAUGAGAAUCGGCUCGCGAAGCUUGCGAUUGUUACUCUCGCGGCUGGGGUUCUGACUUUGGGAUCGGUUCAUGAUGCGUCUGCCGCCAAAACCGGCGGCCGAGUCGGCGGCCAGGCAUUCCGGUCGGCGGCUCCUCGGCCUUCGUCGCCGAGAAUCAACAAUAAUUCGAGGACAAAUAUCUACAUAAAUCCACCAGUGGCACCUCCUCUAGUAGGUGGGUAUGGAUUUGGGUAUGGUGUGCCAUACUAUGGAGGGUGGGGAUGGUCACCAUUUUCGUUCUUUGCACCAGGCCCCUCUGUUGCUGUUGGCAUUGGAGGAGGUUUUGAUCUUCUUUUUCUCUUCAUUUUUCUUGGUUCUGUUGCAGCUGUUGUGAGAAGAUUCUUUGGAACUAGGGAAGAUGAUGAUGAUGAUUAUUAAUUAAUGGUGCCAAGAAAAAAAAAUAAUAAAAGAUUCCAAGUUCAUCUGGAUGAGAUGUUAGAUUUCAUACUCUAUAUUGACAAUUUUGAACUUGCUUUCUUUUAUUGUGGGGGAGUUUUUUUUUUUUUUUUUUUUUUGGGUGGAAAAAGGGUUGUUUAAUGUAUUUGUAUAAGGAGAGACUGUGAGUUUACAUGUAUAAAAUGUAUAGAAAAUUAUGUAACGUUUGCCUUGAAAUUGAAACUAUUAUAGGAUAAUUAUUUUA